CAAGUUUAACAAUAUGGUUAGACCAACGCUUUGGUGCAUGUUUAUAUUAACAUUUUCAAUACUUGUACAUUGUCAGAAUAACUAUGUGUUUGGGGACUUUUUGAAAGAGAUCAACCACGCUUAUGAUGGUCCCAAGUCUGUUGAAAAUUGGUCAAAAGAAGUAAACAGUUUUCGAAAUGGUUUGAAAAGCGCUACCGACAAAGCCGCAGGAUAUUCCACAAUAAGGGAUGACACCAUCCAGCAAGCUGCAUUCCUAUUGGUUGAAAGUUUGGCAGCACCCGAAUACAACGUUAGCGAAGAAUGUUCCAAGAGCACCAAUCUUGUUUUACAAGAAUUGACCGCAGGACAGAUGUGGGCAAUACGAAUGAUUGAUGCCGCCGGGAAGCUCCCUAGCGGUCUGUUCGACCUUCACACUACAUGGCUUGGGGAUUGGGAGGAAUGUCUAGCUAUCGAGCCGUUAGUGAACGAUACGAGAACGAACAUCUCAUACAAGCCGUUUGAUACACAGUACUGCACGGCUGUGUUUCCGAUUGGAACAAAAGACUCCGCCACUUCUUUUUUGACUGGCGGAAAUGUUUUAAACCUGAGAGUUGGUGUAUGUGUCCCCCUGACAUGUUCCAACUGGUCUACUGCCAUCCUGAUUCAUAAUGCACUGCAAGCCAUUCCUUCGAAUAUAACCAGAGAUAUCGUUGGGCCUUAUGUGACAUGUCAGCAAAACUCUCUUCCUUGGUCAACGAACGCAAUAGUAGUGCUGGUCAUCUGUGGUAUGUUUGCUUUCGUCAUGUUAGCUGCAACUGCGUAUGAUGUUACAAUCAAGCACGUGCUAAAUACACCACCAAAAGAAUACCCACCUUUGCCUUCAGGAAAUUAUCACCAUGACAACAAUUACCACUCAAGAAUGAACGGGAACGAGUCAAGAAUGACAAAAUAUCAACAAGGCAUACAUGGUCGUCUUCUGUUAUCUUUUUCCGCCUAUACGAAUGCGCAGAGGAUUUUGAGUACAAUGCAACCUGCAAAGACACUAACCAGCAUUAACGGCAUCAGAUUCAUAAGUAUGACGUGGGUUGUCUUGGGGCAUACGUACGUCGUUGGGCUAGGAAUGAUAGAUAACGGUGCAACAUUUCUACCGUUAGUGUUCAAACGAUUCUCCUAUCAAGUAAUUGUUAAUGCAACCUUUGCCGUCGAUACAUUCUUUGUUUUGAGCGGACUUCUUGUUGCUUAUCUUACGCUGGGAGAAAUGAAGAAACGUGGAGGUGCAAGAAAGUUCAACUGGGGAAUGUUCUACUUUCAUCGAUUCUGGCGGCUGACACCCCCAUACAUGUUGAUUCUAAUGUUCUACAUUCCUUUGAUUAAACACUGGGGAAAUGGUCCACUCUGGCCCCAGCAGGGGAUUGAGGUCAACGAUUGUAAAGACACGUGGUGGACAAACAUAUUGUAUAUAAACAACCUUGUUCGGACAGAUGAGAGGUGCAUGGUGUGGUCAUGGUAUCUUGCGAACGAUAUGCAGUUCUAUGUUAUAAGUCCGUUGAUGAUAAUAUUGCUGUUCACUUCGCGACUAUGUGGAACUAUUUGUUGUGGCGCAUUCGUACUUCUAAACUUCAUCAUUGCCGGUGUUAUAUCAAAGGUUCACCACUUACCGGCAAACAUGGUUUUGGGUGAUACCGGGGGAGAUGAUUAUGACCUGCUGUAUAUCAAGCCCUGGUGCAGGGUAGGGCCAUAUGCUGUUGGCAUAUUCACCGGAUAUGUUCUUUACCGUACUGAAUGCAAAGUAAAGAUUCCUAAGGUCUGGAAUAUGUUUGGAUGGGCCAUAGCCACUGCAGUUGCUCUUGCUAUACUUUAUGGAUUGUGGACGCCUGACUUGACACCGAAACUCGGAGAGGACAUGUCGGCACUUUACAAUGCGACAGCGAGAACGGCCUGGGGUGCCUGUAUUGCAUGGGUUAUAUUCUCAUGCGCAACGGGGCAUGGCGGUCCCGUGAACGCCCUUCUGUCCUGGAAGGCCAUUAUACCAUUGAGUCGGUUGACCUACUGCUGUUACCUCGUACAUCCGGUGGUAAUGAAUACGUACUAUUACAGUCGACGGACUCUUAUGCAUUGGUAUGACUUGGAUCUGACUUAUCUGUUCCUGGGAAACCUUUGUCUCUCAUAUGCAGUUGCUUUUGUCGUCUCACUUGCCUUUGAGUCACCGAUGAUGGGGUUGGAAAAAGUAGUGCUUGGACGAGGAAAGAACAGCUAGAUUUAAUAUAGUCCCAAAUAGCUUCUAUUUGUUGCUUGACACAUAAGUAAGGCGAGAUAGAUUUGUUUUUUGUUACUCAAACUUGCCGACACCAUGUUUUGUUAUUUUCGAAACAAUAUACGUUCCAAAAAAUGUGAUGUUUUUUCGCCCGUUUCGGCCCAAUAACGCUGAUGUUCAAGCCGACAACGAUAUUUUCAUUCGAUCGUCAACAUCUGGUUUUGCGACUUCAUGGCUUUAAUCCAAGCAACAUGGCCAAGAUGGCCAAAAACAUAGAAAAUAUUAUUGGGCUUUGCAUUCAGUUCUUUGGGACCAUUGUUACACAAAUCCCAAGAAAUAUUAUAAACGGAUAUUCAUUAGAACGUUUGAAAAUCAGAAAUGGACACUCUUCAUUUAAUAAAACGUGUAAAAUAAUCCCAAAUAGCUUCUUAUAUUUUAGACAUUGGUAAUGUGCGAUGGGAAACAGUCUGAAUAU